AUGGAUCACUCAAUGAUUCCCUCUUCUGUUCAUUCCUCUGAAGCACCUGGAAUAGUCGCUGUUGGAAGACAGGAGGAAUGCGAAGUGAAUGAUGUGUUUCUUAAGCACAAUUUUGUACAUGAAGGACAGCCACUUGCUGUCAACUGUUCAGUAGAUAAAAUACUGAAUUUUAAAAACACAGACUACAACUUGACUUGGUACAAAACUGGUAGCCAAACAUCCGUGGCUAAAGACAAACAUUCCAGAAUUCACCAGCAAAAGAACUUCAUUUGGUUUCUCCCUGCAACUUUAGACGAUUCAGGAUCCUAUGAAUGUAUUAUAAGGAAUUUAUCAAGCUGCAGAAAAAUAUAUAUGAACCUAAGAGUUUUCAAGAAUAUUUAUGGUUUAUGCUUUAAUGAAAAAUUUGCCAUUGGGGAGGAGAUACUAACAUCGUCACAUGCUAAGGUUGUAUGUCCUCAUUUGGAUUAUUUCAGAGAUGAGGAGAAUACUUUGCCCCUUCAGUGGUAUAAGGAGUGUGAGCUGCUUGAAGAGGAAAGGUUUGUCUCUUCCAAUGAUUACCUUGUGAUUAAAAAUGCAACUCUACAUGACAAAGGAAACUACACAUGCAGAACAUCAUAUACUUACAAGGGAAAACAAUAUAACAUUUCACGAGACAUUAGUCUAACUGUGACAGUGAGUCCACGGAACACACCACCAGAAAUAUUUUACCCAAGAAACAAUACCAUUGAAGUAGAACUUGGCUCACGUGUCAUAGUGGACUGCAAUGUAACAGGCGCUGAAGUGUUUCAGGUGUACUGGACAGUCAACAACACAUACAUUGAUAUAUAUUAUAAGAGUAGAAUUUUUGAAGAGGAAGAUUAUGAAGGCAAAACUUUCUGUGAUGGACACCCUCUCACUACAGUGAGACUCAACAUUUCCGAAGUCAAUAGCGAGGAUUACGAACAUCACUUUGUCUGCCAUGCUUUGAAUUCCUUUGGUCAAGUUGCAACAUAUAUAGCAUUAAAACACAGAGUUGCAGAUUUUCACAAAUCACUGACUGGAGGAUUCAUUGCAUUGCUGCUUUUAACAGUUGUUACUUCAUUAAUCUUCAAGCUUUUCAAGAUUGACAUUUUGCUUUGGUAUCGUAGUUCUUGCUGUGCUUUUUUAAAGAAAGAAGCUUCAGAUGGGAAGAUCUAUGAUGCAUACGUCAUGUAUCCAAAACCCAAUGGGGUGAGAUGUAUCUACACCUUGAACAACUUUGUUCUGAGAAUACUACCCGAGAUCUUAGAGAGCCAGUGUGGAUAUAAUCUUUUUAUACUUGGAAGGGAUGAUUUACUAGGGGAAGCUGUGGUCAAUGUUAUUGAUGAAACCAUCAAACGAAGCAGAAGGCUGAUGAUAAUUUUAGAAUCAGAAGCAUUGAGUUACAAUGUGUUAGAAGAUACCUUUGAACAGCAACUGGCUGUGUACAAUGCUCUUAUCCGGGAUGAAAUAAAAAUUAUUCUGAUUGAACUAGAUAAAAUACAGGACAACACGAACAUGCCAGAAUCCAUUAAAUACAUUAAACAAAAGUAUGGGGCCAUCCAGUGGAAAGGGGACUUCACAGAGAAAUCUCACUCAGCAAAUACAAAGUUCUGGAAAAAUGUGAGAUACCGAAUGCCACCCAGACAAACAGUGUCUUCCUUGGAUCCAAAAACUUUUCGCUAUUCUGCAGCAACAGAAAGAUGA